AUGGCUGCGCAGAAUGCCUUUGAACAAAAAAAGAGGGCAAUUUUGAAUGAGAUAGACUCAACCCAACCAGAUUUGUCACCAAAAGGCACUAUAGAUGAACUAUGCCUUCCAAUAAUUGAUCUUAUCAACGCAAGCGCUGAUAUGGUGACAACUUCAUCGUGUUCCGGUAGAGUCAGUGUAUUCUUGGAAGGUACUAAGUCAUAUAACGGGGAGGUCAAGAUAGGUGGUAAGGGACAAGGCGGUAAAUGGCUUUACGUCACUCAUGAUCGUGAGAAAGUUAUUGGCUGGUUAGAUGAGUUGAAAUCAAAAAGUGAGUUUUCUUUUGAACUAUCUGGCAAGGAGAUACCAACAGAGAAAGUAACGGGGAGUAUCAGAUAUAUACUUUAUAAGUAUGAGCCUUUCAUAUUGCACGUUAAAUGCAGAGACUUUCAAGCAGCAUCCAAGUUAUACAACACAGCCAUGUCUUGUGGUUUCAGAGAAAGUGGGAUUGGUUCGAACAAUCUGGUCGCAAUCAGAAUAAAUAUCAAGCUGGACGUACCGCUCGGUUAUUUAGAUGAGACUUCAGGCACUUUGAAAUUUUUUGUAACUCCAGAAUACGUAAGCGUUCUGGAUUCUUUAUCGUUAAGCAAAUUCGAUGAGAAUACCAGGAAAAUGCAAGCACUAUAUGAUAGAAUUGAAAAAGAACUCAUAAAUUGUGCGCCGGAUGUAAAUUCUAAGGUCAAUAUAACGCCAAUCGAAACAAAGGAAGAGAGGAGAGAACGAAAGAAAAGAGAAGGUAUGGAGAGACAACGUCAACUUAAGAGCCCACAAAAUGUGCUAUAA